AUGGCGGGCUCGCGCAGCAGUAAAAUAGCGAUAUCAAACAGAACUAUCUGGAAACAUUUAUUUCCAAUUCAAAACGGAGCUUUAUAUUGUGCUUGUCAUAAAUCUACAUAUUCUUCUCUACCAGAUGACUAUAAUUGCAAAGUAGAGCUUGCUUUGACAUCAGAUGGCAGGACAAUAGUAUGCUACCACCCUUCUGUGGACAUUCCAUAUGAACAUACAAAACCUAUCCCUCGGCCAGAUCCUGUGCAUAAUAACGAAGAAACACACGACCAAGUGCUGAAAACCAUAUUAGAAGAAAAAAAUGAGCACUUUGAGCAAGGAGCCAUGAUAGAACAACUUAGCAAAAUGUUCUUUACUACUAAGCACUGUUGGUAUCCUCGUGGACAGUAUCAUAGACAUCGUAGGAAACUGGAUCCUCCAAAAGACAGAUGA